AUGGGCUGUGCCAUGAGCGGCCUCACCGCAGAUGCCCGCACUCUCGUUGACCAUGCCAGAGUGGAAGCGCAGGCGCAUUGGUUCACGUACGACGAGCGCAUGCCGAUUGAAAGCAAUGUUAAUGCCAUUGCCGACAUGGCAUUGGACUUCAGCGACUCCGACAAGAAGAAGAAAACGAUGAGCCGUCCGUUUGGAGUGGCACUUCUGGUGGCGGGCGUCGACCCUUGGGACGGUCCUGUGCUCUUCAACACGGAUCCAUCAGGAACUUUCACGAAGUAUGCUGCAUGCGCAAUUGGGAGCGCCCAAGAGGGCGCGACGAGCAUGCUGCAGGAGCAGUACAACAAGGAUAUGACAUUGAAGGAGGCAGAGAUCUUGGCCUUGACGACGCUCCGCCAGGUCAUGGAGGAGAAGCUGAGUAAAGUGAACAUCGAGGCCAGCGCCAACCGUGCCGACGCUGCAGACAGCGGCGGCGGCACCAGGACCUGCGGAAUUCCGAGAGGAUCUCGAGGCUGUUGCGUUUAUGCAGAGGAGCAUGGGGCGGGGGCCGUUCCCGUCGCCUUGCUGCUUGGCGACUGCGAGGUGCGCGCUCGACUGCGAAGGCAUUUGGGCGGUUCCGAGGGGUCUGCAGAGUUGGGCGCAGUGGUCGCCUCACAGCUUCCCGGGCUGAUCAUCAUCGAACCUGCCGACCUCCUGGGUGCCACCGAGGUCACGGAGCUCGCGACCUUUCUUCGAGGACUUCAGACAGCUCACGGGCUGAUCCUCUGCGCAGACGGCGGACCGCCAGAGCAGCUCGGGUUGCUGGCGAGUUUCUACGGAGUCAGUGGCCCUGCUCUGGCAAGCUUCGCCGUGCUAUGUGGACCGGGCGGACUGGGACUAGCAUCUCCGGAGAUGAGGCAAGCUGUGAACCACUUCGUGGAGACCGACUCCUUGCCUGCUUUCGACUCCGAGGAUCCGCAGUUUGCCGAGCAGCUCAUCCGGCUACUCCACCAACGAGAGCCCCGAGAUUGCGAGCCCUUGCGCUGUGACAGCGAGCUGCUAGCGCCGUACCGAAGCCGCGAGGUGUUCGCCUCGGGUGACUCGCUCGCUUCCGUGACUUCAAGCGAGUCGGUGCGCAAAGCGACAUCCCAGGACGGUCGCCUCACCGUCCUUGACACCAUCGGGUUUGGUGAUACGGUGAUACGCGUCUUCCACCAGAGGUGGUCGUACGAAGCUUGCGAGACACUGCUUUGGAGGCGCCAGACGGGGUCGAUGUCCUGCUCUUCGUCAUGA